GACGAUAUGCACAAUCUGAACGUGUUCCCGCGAAACGCAAAAAUCCCAAGCGAGUGCCCUUUGUGACACAGCGCAUGCGCACUUUCCCCACUGUCAACCUCGUGAAGCGAACAAAAUGUCGUCGCCACCAGCCAAAAUAAGGAAAGAAGAGACGAAAAACAACGGCCAAAAUGUCGCCGAAGUUGAAGAGGACGUCAAUCAGGUGGCGGUGCAAGCCAUCGACAGCGUUCAGAGCGAGAUCGACGCACUGAACGAGCAGGCCAGUGAGGAGAUUCUCAAAGUUGAACAGAAGUACAACAAACUGAGGAAGCCCCACUUCGACAAGCGGGCGAAGAUGAUUGAGAAGAUUCCUCACUUCUGGGUCACGACCUUCUUACACCAUCCCCAAGUGUCAAUGUUAUUAGAUGAGCAGGACGAGGAGGCACUGCAGUAUCUGACCAAAGUGGAGGUGCAAGAGUUUGAAGAUAUCAAGUCGGGCUACAAAAUCUUAUUUCAUUUCAAACCUAACAAUCCAUAUUUUGAGAAUGAAGUUAUCCACAAGGAAUUCCACCUCAACGAUUCAGGGGACCCAUCAUCACAGUCGUCGGCCAUCAAGUGGAAGCCGGGAAUGGACUUGACCAAGAGAAACACGGCCGUCCAGCAGAAGGGCAUGGCCCAGAAGAGGCCACACACGGACAGUGAGAGCUUCUUCUGUUGGUUCAAUGACCACACAGAUGCCGGUGCCGACGAGCUGGGCGAGGUCAUCAAGGACGACAUCUGGCCUAACCCGCUCCAAUACUUCCUGAUUCCUGACGGAAAGGACGAAGGCGAUGAGGACAGUGAAGCAGGAGAUCUAGAUGACAUCGCCGAGUAUGGAGAGGAAGACGACGAUGAGGACGACGAUGAGGAUGAUGAUGAAGAUGAUGAAGGGGAGGAGGGGCUAGAAGACUUUGAGGGAGAGGGGGAUGAAGAGGAUGUACCCGAGGAAGACGAAGAUGAAGAGGGUGAUGCCUAGAAAAACCAUCUCUUAGUUUCCCAGCAACGGUUACCACAGUAACGCAUCAUCGUCAACACCACCACCACCAGCAUCAUCAUGAGGAGUUGUACAUUCACUAUUUCUACUGGAAAAUUUAAAAAAGGGGACAAAUUGAAUGAACUCUCCAGGAACCUUUCUCUUUAGGAUGGCAAGGGGUAAGAUCAUACACAAAAUAUUGUAUUUUGCUGUUGGAUUGAAACACUUCACAUUUUUUUGUUAGUGACCCCGCCCUGUCAUCCAUGAUUUAUUCGAUGUCCUAGACUAAUAUUAAUGUAGUAGUAAAAGCGCCAUGCUGUUUGUUUGGGUUUUUUUUAUUUAAGGAUCCCAAACGAUUUUAAUUCAUACAAAGCAGGUUGGAUUCCAAGACUGACUUGUUAAGUGCAGGAAUUUUUCUCCAUCUUGAGUGGGAAAUAAAUGAUUUUGUAAAAAAAAAGGAUUGCUUAUUGACGUUCAGGGAUGGUACUUUUUCCGUUGUUAAACCGAUUUUGACUUUUCACCGCAAACUUGAAAGUUUUGCGAGCUUUUCAGCUUUCCAGUGUUUUUUUUUUAUAAUUUAUAGUAAAAGGUGCCACAACACACCCCCAGACUCCAAUUUUGCUUUUGAAUCAAGAUAAAUUUCGUUCCCGUCUUUUGGAGACGGGACAGCAUGUUUCUCCAAAGGAAAAGUAUCAUCCCUCUUGUUUCAUUUUUUAAAUUUUUUUUUUGCUGUUAAAAUAUUACAUGUAAUGGUAUCUGUAGAUGAAGUAGAAUAAACAUUCCUCCGUGUUUGCUAAGUAUGGGGCUUUAUAAAUUGAAGAAAUCUCCACAUUUCAAUGAUUUCUACUGACCACAGUUGCUCAGAGACACACGUUUGGUUUUUUUUUUCAUUUGCACAAUAAGUGUUCACAACAGUGUCAACUUAAAAAUACAGAUGAGGAUUCAAAUUGUGAGGCGACUAUAGGCUCCGUGCGUGAACAAGAGGGGGCGCUUUACUGGUAUAGCGCAAAGUACGCACGACCACUUUUAUUCUGAAGGUGCACAAAGCCGGCCGCGUGAGCGUCAGACGUCAGUACUUGUGCACGGAACCAAUAAAAAUGCUUGAAAGUUGAAAGUCUGUAUUACGCAGGUUUGGGUUUCAUUCUUAUCGAGGCAAGUGUUUUCAAGCUCUUGAAAAACACUUGAUGAGUAGGCAAAUCCUUCAUACAAAUGCUUGAAUCAUUUCAAAAACACAAAAAAACUUGAAAUCUUUGGGGUCUGCUGUAGUUGAUGUUUGAUGUAUGGCUUCUUUCCCUCCUAUGUUUUGGUUUUCUUUUUUAGUUACAAUUAUUUGGUAUUUUUUCCCGACUUUAAUCUCAACCUCUGUCAGUUUUUGUUCCCUAUAGUGUCAGGGAAAGCAAAGGGGGAAAUUAAACUGCGUCUGUGUCCUUUGUGUUUUAUACAUAGUGUUGAAUUGGAGAUCGUUUUAUAGUUCUCCAUCGUAGAGUGCGAUUCACAUGUUUUUGUAAUAUGAGAAGAAAAAUUAAUUCCAAAAUAAAAUUGGGUUUUUGUGAAUGUCAUGGAAAUUAGAGUGAGAACAAUGUGCAUUUUGCAUUUGUGAUUUACUGGUUGGGUUAUUCUGACUCCUUUAACAUUGGUGCACUUUCAAGAUCAUGACAACACAACUGUACAACACAAGGUAUAGUAGAGUGUGUUUACAAGUCUGGUACCCAUGAUGUGAUGACCAACUGUAUAGCACUUCUGUACACGGGGAUCUAGACCAAGUAGCCACUAUGUCAAAACCGGCUAUGACUUUGACUGGUGAACACGAACCCAAUGACAAUUGUAGCCAGAGCCACUGACAAAUUAUUGGCUUCACACUCUGUGUUUUGUAGUUUUGUAAUGAAAUUAUCAAGUCUCCAGAGUUCAAUAUUUGUUGCAUCAACAGGUGGAUAUUUUAUGUGAAUUGCAGAGCUUUUGAUAAUCUUAGCUUUGGAUUCGUGCAUAUCAAGAAUCUCAUUGGAAAUCACAUAAUUAAAAAGAUGAUGUCCAAAAUUUGCCGAAGUCAAAACUUCGAAUCACUCUUCUAUUUUCUCCAAUCAACUGAAAAUCAGAUGCUACCCAUUUGAAAUUUGAAGACAAUUCACCCAACUCCCCCCUAGGACAAACCAUCGUUCUGUAAUUUAGCUUAUCAUAUUCACUCUACCUCCAUUAAAGAUUCUUUUUGUAAUUGGUGAUUUGUUAAACUGUCCUAAUGUAUAAAAAAAAAAUAACACCUCAAAUCUUUGAACCAGUUCUGGCCCAUCAACCGAACCCAUAAUUGAAAUGAAAAAAGGGAAAUGUCAAAUGUCUGUAAAUAUGGUGACUUAUUACUAAGACUAAUGCUUAAGGUUGUGUUAUGAACUUGAAAUCUUGAAGUCAUGUUGUUCAUGUACAUGUCUUACACUUUUGUCAACGUUUUGAUGGGAGGUAUGUCUAUGCAUUCUCUGUGCGUUCAGUCGAAUAAAAACAACAAAAUACUCGGAAAAGCGUUCAACCCAGAAUUAUUUUGGACCUUUUGAUUUUUUGGUGUGUUUACGUGUUUUUUUGGUUAGAUUUUUUUAACCGGAGUUGAUACCUCAAAUAAUAAAGAGCCGCACCGUCUCGUAA